GAAGAUGUCAGUUCAUCAUGCAGAUUCUGUCACGCCGGCCCUACCAGACUUCAGUCGCAUGACAGAGGAUGAGCAGAUAGCCUACGCUCUGCAGAUGUCCAUGCAGGGAGCAGGAGCAGAGUUUGGUGCUGACGACAUGGACACAGGAGCUGAUAUUGACUCCAGUGAGACAAAGGAUGAGGAGGACUAUGAUGUUAUGCAGGAUCCAGAGUUCCUUCAGAGUGUUCUGGAAAAUCUUCCGGGAGUCGAUCCCAACAAUGAGGCCAUCCGAAAUGCCAUGGGCUCUCUGACUUCCCAGACUGGGUCCAAACCUGAGACCAAGAAGGAUGAAGAGAAAAAGAAAUGAAUAUCAGAUUACAGGAAGUGUGUGUGUGUGUGUGUGUGUGUGUGGGUGGGGGGGGGGGGGUCCAUUGUACAAGAAUUGUGCUGCAUGUGUUCUUCACUGGUAACAUUGCUAGUCUGUAUAUCUUAUGUUUAUCUACAGAAGAGUUGUGUGAACUCAUGACCUUUUGCCUUCUUUCGUUUUAGAUUGAUGUACAAGACUGUUGUUGAUUCAUGGGGCCAUUGAAAAAAUAACUUUUUUUUGUACUGUAACUGUCGGACCUCUUUUGUAAUAUAUGAACUUGGUAAAAUGGGCUAAUAACAAUCCUUAAUAAAUUCACAGAAUUUCAUGUGGCCCUUUUUUCAUGCACUUAUUUUAAAUUGAACUGUAAAUGUCACCAAAUGUUGCACUGAACUGUGCAUACCUCACUGUUGCAGGUGUACUUAUGUCUGUUGACAGCGUUAUGAAUGAAAUCCUUAUUUUGAACAUGUGAACAGAAAUAAAGAUUUAAUUAAUAACUGUCAGUGUUACAUUGGUAGGAAGAGUAAACUGAAAGUCCAUUGACCAGGAAAAAAAAGACUUUGCCACAUCAAUAAACCUUUUUGGUGUCAUCCUCA